GUGGAAUUGCUUCACGGCUAAACUGUUAUGCCCAUGCUGGGCGUGUUCAAAAUCUGGCCUUAAAUCCAAUGCAUUAAAAUUUGAAAAAAAAACAGGAAGUACCAAAUAUUUCAGAGUUGGGGAAAUUUGGCGCGUUAAGAAAUUGAAGGAAUCACCACACUCUUAGAUGCCACGCGGCCCUUGGAUUCAGCGAAGUAGUUCAGUAUCGGCGAGGACCUGGUCAAAGCAACCCCACUAAAAUUUGUAAUCGAUGGAACCAAAUUCUGUCCGCAGACAUUAGAGAUGCGCCUGUUUCAAAAUCAAUCCAGUCUUCCUAUGCUGCCCUUCCACGAGCACAUAAUCGGAGAGCUCCUCCAAGAUGACAAUGGCGGGCUGGUGGUGCUGGGUUCGGGUCUCGGCCUUCAUAAACUCAUCGCCUCUCUCAUACGACUACACUCCCAUUCAGAUGGCCUCCUUUUUAUACUCUCCACUUCCGACUCUCAGCGCAGAGCCCUCACAGAAGACCUCCGCCUGGCGGCGCCCAUUGAUAUAGACAGUCAAUAUACGUCUCAAGACAGAGUCGAAUUUUAUUCCCAGGGCGGAGUUUUCUUCAUCACGUCGCGCAUUCUCGUUGUCGACUUGCUCAACGAAAAGGUACCUCUCAGCAGAGUCGCAGGUCUCAUAAUUGUCAACGCCCACAGAUUGACGGAAACCUGUACAGAAGCCUUCAUUGUGCGUCUAUAUAGAUUUGGGAACAGGAAGGGUUAUGUUAGGGCUUUUUCCGAUAGACCCCAGUCCAUGGUUGCGGGUUUUUCCAAGACGGAGCGUAUUAUGAAGUGCUUGUUUGUGAGGAAAUUGCAUCUGUGGCCGAGAUUUCAGGUUUUUGUAUCUGAUAUACUGGAGAAGGAUCCUCCUGAGGUUAUUGAUGUUCGAAUGCCACAUACCUCUUUAAUGUCAGGAAUCCAAUCUGCAAUAAUUGAGGUCAUGGAUGCUUGCUUGAAGGAGCUUAGAAAGACUAAUAAAGUUGAUGUGGAGGAUCUGACGGUAGAAAGUGGACUUUUCAAGUCUUUUGAUGAGAUUGUGCGGCAACAACUGGAUCCAAUUUGGCAUAUUAUAGGGAAGAAAACGAAGCAGCUGGUCAGGGACUUGAAGACGUUGAGGAAACUGGCUGAUUAUUUGGUUAGGUAUGAUGCUGUGACUUACUUGAAGUAUUUGGAUGCAUUGAGGGUUUCAGAGGGUGUGAGAUCAGUUUGGAUUUUUGCUAACCCUAGCCAUCGAAUUUUUGAGUUAGCAAAGAAACGUGUUUAUCAGGUUGUGAGAUCUGAUGGUGGAAAAAUAGGAUCUGCAAAUGGUUUGAUUAAAGGUGUCAGCAGAGUAAGAGGAGAUGCAAGCAAGCGCAGGAAAAUAAAUGUGAACGACAUAAAAGAAAACAAGGGAGCUGAAGCAUCGACUUUAGACAGGAAUGGAGAAACUUCGAAUGAUUUGUCAAAAGAGGCCUUGGGUGUUGAGCUAGAGGUUGUUGGAGAGGAAAUGCCCAAAUGGAAGGUGUUGCGAGAAGUUUUGGAGGAGAUAGAAGAAGAAAGAAAGAAGCGGAAAGUGUGUGAAGAAGGUUUAGAUUCUUCUCAAGAUGCAUGGGAUGAUGGUGGUGGUACAGUUCUAGUAGCAUGCAAAGAUGAACGCUCAUGCAUGCAGCUCCAAGAUUGUAUCUAUAAGGGACCACAGAAGCUCAUGCGUGAAGAAUGGGAAAAAUAUUUGUUGGGCAAGUCAGAGUUACAUGGAUUACGGACACAUAAAAAAAAGAAAAACCAAGGGCUUAAAGGAUUUGGUAUUUUGGAUGGAAAUAUUCCUGCAGGAUUUGGAGAUAAUUCCGAAUCUGGUAGCACAUAUAGGCUAGAACAGGAUGCUUUACUAGCUGCAGCUGCUCAGGUUGCAGUUCAUGACAAAGAGGUGAUCCCUGUUGGAGAUGAUCUUUCUUUAGGAAAGGGAGUAAAGGGUCAAGGGAGAGGGAGAGGGAGAGGGAGAGGAGGGAGAGGGGGAAGAGGGAGAGGAAAAGGGAGAGGGAAGAAAGAUACAACAGUGGGGGUUCAUGCAUCAAUAAUGAAAUAUCAAGGAAAGCAAGAAAGAAAUAAAGCUGAGAUGUCUAAAGAAUCUGAACUGGCGGAUACAACAAGUACAACAGGGACAUUGGAAAGUAAGGGAGCUUCUUCAGAGUGUGUCCAAAAUAUUGAUGAGGUUGCUUUCGAUGACUCUACUGAAAAUGUGAAUGCAAAAAGAACAGGGAAAGAUUGUGAUGAUCCAGAAAUCAACUUUGCUAAGCCUGUUCCCAUUGCACAUUAUUAUGCCCUUGAAAAUGAUCGGCUUAUACUAGAUAUUGUGAAGCCUUCAUAUAUUGUAGUUUAUGAUCCAAACAUGGGGUUUGUCAGGGAAAUUGAAGUUUACAAGGCAGAAAAUCCUGGAAAACCAUUGAAAGUGUACUUCCUGUUUUAUGAAAAUUCCACCGAAGAGCAGAAGUUUGAAGCCAGUAUACGCAGGGAGAACAAUGCAUUUGAAUCCCUAAUCAGGCAGAAAUCUAUGAUGAUGAUUCCUGUUGACCAGGAUGGAAGAUGUCCAGGUUCAAAUGCACCUACAGAACCAAUAUCAGGUGCGUCACAAAAUGCAUUAACCAGAAAGGCAGGUGGAAGGAAGGCACCAGAGAAACAGAUACAGGUUAUAGUUGACAUGCGUGAAUUUAGGAGUAGUCUCCCAAGUGUCCUCCAUCAACAAGGUAUGAAAAUUAUUCCUGUAACUCUGGAGGUGGGUGACUACAUUCUUUCUCCGGAUAUUUGUGUUGAGAGAAAAAGCAUUGCUGAUCUUAUCAGUAGCUUUUCCUCUGGCCGCCUCUACCAUCAGGCUGAAACAAUGACACGUUACUACCGCAUACCAGUGCUACUCAUUGAGUUCUCACAAGACAAAAGCUUUUAUUUUCAGUCUGCAAAUGAUAUUGGAGAGGAUAUUUCACCGUUCAAUAUCAUAUCUAAACUUUCCCUUCUUGUUCUGCAUUUUCCCCGUCUCAGACUUGUAUGGUCUCGUAGCUUGCAUGCAACUGCAGAAAUAUUUGCCUCACUUAAAGCAAAUCAAGAUGAACCUGAUGUGAGUACGGCCAUGCGUGUUGGUGUUCCUACUGAAGAUGGUCUGAUUGAAGGAGAUAUAAGAGCUGAGAACUAUAACACCACAGCCGUGGAGUUUCUGAGGCGCCUUCCAGGUGUAACUGAUGCUAAUUAUAGAUCUUUAAUGGAUGGUUGCAAAAGCUUAGCAGAGCUAGCUCUUCUUCCUUUGGAGAGACUUGCAGAAUUAAUGGGAGGACAAAGGCCUGCUCGAAUGCUGCGUGACUUCCUAGAUGCAAAGUGCCCCAGUUUGCUGUAACGUAAUGCAUUCAAUAAAGAAAGAAUAAAAUUUAUUCAUAUUUUAUUUAUUAUUGGGGUUCAAAAGCCCACCAAUAAUAACUGGUGCAAAGUGCCCACUUUGAUGUAACCUCUUCUGUUUAAAAGUGGAAGAAUGUGUCAUUCAUGUUUGAUUUCUUUGAGAUUCCAAAAGCUUCUCCUGGAAUCUCUUAUAGCAUUUUCACAUAAGAAUUCCCUGUACACAACUCAAUCUAGACUGUUGUUUGCCAGCAUCCUUUUAAUUUGCUUGAUGAGAAUUCCACUGAUGGUAGAAGAAAACUAUGUUGUGAUUGUAGGGAAAUAAAUACAAAUUGCAUUCAGAUGAGGGGGAACGUGAAAGAACACUUGUUAUGUA